AUGGCUGCAGCAUUGAUCCUUUCAGGGUUGACCCUGGCUGGCGUGGUCCAAGCCCACAUUGCGGCCUUCGCGAAGGGCAUGUACUGCGAGAAUGGUACAGACCCUUCCAACCCGAACUUCAACUCCAACGCACCCGUGUCGCCGUUGUACAACCUUACCCAGGACCAAUGGUGGUUUCAACACGAUCGAGGAUGUGAUGCUGUUCCUCCUCCUCCUGGAGUCUUCCUCGAGUUACCUGCCGGCGGCUCCUUCGAUGUUGACCUGGCAAACAACCAGGCAUUCUCAAACCUAUCCUACGGCGGCUCGAAGACUUCAGAAUGGCCGGAUGGUGGAACUCAUCCAGAAGACUGGAAUGGUGGCGGAGUUGGUGAAGGUUGUAUUCAAGACGGUGGUUACAUGCAUGUGCAGAACCAGAGCAUGACUCAGGGAACUGCCUUCGCCAUUGCGUAUGAAAGCGAUCUCUCCACCAUCACGUUGGAGGACUUGGUCGUGUUUAGUGUGCUUGAGCACACUCCCUGGAAACGGGCAGCAACCUACCAAGUUCCAGCGGCCAUGCCUGCAUGCCCCGAAGGCGGAUGCACUUGUGCUUGGCUCUGGGUGCCGAAAGGAUGUGGUCAACCCAACAUCUAUAUGCAAGGCUUCAAAUGCAUGGUUACUGGUGCCACGUCAACAACUCCUCUAGCAAAAGCCCAAGCACCCUUGAUGUGUGACACCGACCCUUCCCAAUGCGUUACAGGAGCAAAGCAAAUGAUCGUCUGGAACCAGUUGACAGGGAACAAUGUCGUGACAAGCGGCUCACAGACGCCAGCUUACAAUACACGUAACGGGUUCACGCCAGGUCCGCAGGAAGAUAUCUUUGAAGGCGCUCCCUCUGCACCUGAAGGACCGGCAUCCUCUUCUACAACUUCUUCCAGUUCGCCUUUCACCUCUACUACCGCUCCUGCAGAAAUACAAGUGCAAUCCUCCUCCACGACUUCUUCCAGUUCACCCUUCACCUCUGCUACCGCGCCUACGGAAUCACAAGUGCGAUCCUCGUGGGUGACUAGCACUGCUGUUACAGUUACCUCAAGCUCUGGAACGCCAUCCAUGACCCUUCCCACUUCAAGCUUGUCACUUUCCCCAUCGUGGACGACCUUGGCGACAGUGGUGAAGCCGGUCUCGACAACAAGCGACGCUGCCUCGGUUCCCGUUGCUCCACUGUCUUCUAGCAGCAUGAGCUGGGUUGGUCCGUCUGACGGAACCCCUGAAACUGUGACCGUCAGUGUGACGGUCACUGUCACUGCCGCUGGCUCCAUCCCUACGGGCUUGAAGCAUUUCAAGGGGUGCUGGGUUGAGGAAGAAGAUGAAGUGGACAGCUGA